AUGCAAGGCUGUUCACAAAUUUUUGAAUGUAUUCAUAUAGAAGCUUUACAAAGAAAAUUUGGCGAAUCUACAAUGGUCAGUUACUAUUUAUGCGUUAGCGAGAUGUCUCUUCCUCAUUUCCCACGCUCUGUUGUCACAAAGCCAUCAGGAUAUCUCAAAAGCGAUGAAGUAUUUUGCGAAAUUCACCAAAGAAUGACGAACCCAUGCUCAAAAGAGGAUAUUAUAUCAAUGCAUCAUAUUUGCGCAUUAGAUAUUUAUAACUGUCUCAAAAAAUGUUCAGAUUCCCUCAUAACAAUUACGGAUUUAAUUUUCAAUGAGUCAUUCAAUAUUCUAUCGUUCAAUACUUUACGAAGUUACGAUAUUUUCAGUGAAUGUUUUCAGAGGAUUAUCGUGUUUAUGCAGAUGUUUCUGAACUCCCCAUACAUCGACAACAUCUCCAACAUAUUCCUGACCAUAUGUCCUUCUGCUUAUCAUAAAAAAGAAAUCGAAUUUUGGCAAAAUAUUAAUUACGACGGCCCAUUCGAAAAAGACAACACAUCUGUAACAGACAACAAGUCUAAGUACGAAUACACCUCUACUUUAAAGAAAUCUCCAAACAGAACUCAGAAAUUUAAAGAUAUCGCGGACGACUUUUCAGAAAGGAAAGUAGAUACGUUCAUUGAAAGGAAAGGCCCGUACUCAUACUCCCGUAAAGGAAUCUUGAUGUGGUUCGCUUUCCUUGGCGUUUUAUUAAUUCAUAUCGUAUUUACUUACAUGAUACAGCGCGAUUACAGAACCGCCAUACAUACAUCCAAUUCUAUCUCUAAUACCUACGAAUUACUGCAUCAAUUGGCCAAUAUUACGAGUUUUGGACCUUUAAUUGAUAUUUUAUACGACGACCCUUACAGAGACGACUCCUUAUACACACAGGACACAUUUAACUACAUAAAGAACACGAUAAACGACUGUAUGUUGUUUUUCGACGAAGUUCGAAGAUAUCAUUUUUCAAUUUACGAUUCCUACUACUUCCAACACACAUAUAAGUUCAUGUCCGGGACCAACGUUGAUGUUUCCACCACUAUUUUCCAGCAACUCUACCAAAACGUCAUAUAUUUAUAUGAAACCGUUCUAGAUUUGAUGGGAUCGUACAGACAAGAGCUGAACAUAUCACAGCAAGUGUAUUGUGGAUACGUACAACAUCUACAUCAGUUCAAUUCCCAGUUUUACCAGGCAAUUUCGUCAGCCGAGAAUUAUCCCAAAGUAAUUCUUCAUCAUAAGGCCGGAAUCCUUAUCCUUAUACACUCCUUCUUGUAUCUCUUCGUUCUUGCUAUAAUAAUCAUCCUCUUCCACGCUGGUUACAAGAGAGAACACUCAUUUUAUUAUGAACUCAAAAAAGUGUCAAAAAGUUUUUUGGUAAAAUUGAAAGCUUUUUACAAAAAAGUGUCAGAAUCAUCAUUAGAGAUUGAGAACCAAUUUGUUCUUGCAAAGAAGAAUGACGAGACAAUAACUAAGCCCAUUUAUUUACCAUUCCUUUCUUUAGUUUAUUUACCAACUUUGUUAUUAUUUAUUUUUUCUGUUUUGACGAUUAUUUUUUCAGUUUCUUCUAUGAAUUGUUUCAUUUCUACAAUGAACAAUAGAAUAGAAAGCUACGGCUACUUGAUUUCUUUUGAGUUAUGCAUGUCAAAGUCAUCUUUAGACUCAAUUUUAACAAUAAGAAAUCAAAGUUGUUCUGACAUUUCUGACACUUUGAAAGAGAUAUCACAAACAUUAGAAAUGAUGUCCAAUCAUUCAGACACGAAGUAUGGAAAGUCAACACCUCUUUGCAAGCUUUGUUUUCCUAAGUAUUUCCAGAUUUUUUCGGAUUCACAAACAUUGAUUGAACAAGAAUCCUCAAUUUUCUUGAAAUUGUUGUCAAAUGUUUUGAUUUCUAUCAAUAACACGAAUACAACAUUAUCAGGAGCAACUAGGUCAUUGAUAUUUAAUUCUUUCUAUACGAAAAUUGUUGAUUUAGUCAAUCAAACAUCAACAGAAAUUGUUGAAGCAUCAACUUCUAAUGUUGUUAAUCAACCAAUUAUAUAUUUUUGUUUUCAUUUUAUUUUCUUUAUAUUAAUUAUUAUUUAUCUUGUUUAUAUCUUUAUGUUGCAGACUCAUUUCGAUAUCCCUUAUUUCGUUUUGAGUUUGACUUUGUCGAAUGCGAAAAUGAUAAAUGGAAAUUGCACAAUUUCUGAUUUAAUUGAAGAAAGUUUCGAUUUAUCAACUAAAAAAGAAGAAAAGAAGCUGCAAAAUUGUACGAAAGAAUUCUGUGAUAAGAUGACAACUCCUGUAAUGAUUAUUGAUUGCGAAUUGAAAUUGUUAUAUUCUAAUGAUGAAGCAUCAAGAAUUUUCUUGAUUUCGAAGGAAUUCAAGGAUAAUUUGAGUUUGUUUGAGAUAUUAAAAGAUGGUUUCAUCGAAGAAGGAACAAAUAAAAAGAUUGGACAGUUAAUUAAUGAAUUCGCGUAUAGAGAAUUCCAUACAAUAAGAACUUAUAAGAUUUUGGGAUCAAUUAAUUCUGUUUCUGAUCAUAUUUUGACUGCAAAAGGAAAGAAUAUGAAAAUUAAUUAUGAAUUGUCAAUUUUCCCAAUUUAUACAACACAAAAACACUUUUCGCAGCUUAUUUUGAUAUUUACUCCUGAAGCUGAAUUUGCAAAUUACUCGAAUUUCCUCGCGAAAUACAGGAAAUUGCCAAUAACAAUCAGAAACGAAUGGAUUAUGAAAGAUUUCCAAAUUACGCAGCUAAAAAGAUCGAAUAUCAUCAAAGAAACAAAAAGUGGAAUUGUUGCAAUCGUUAGAGUUAAAACAGACUUCGGAGAAAAAGCGCCGCAAAUCAUUGAUCAAGUUUUCAGAAGAUUUGAUGUCAUUAUCUCUCAAUCUAAAGUGUUUAGAUACUAUAGAACACAUGCUUCGAUGUAUUGUUUCGGUACUGAUUUCAGUCACGAAAUGGAAUUCACUCCUUACAUCAUCCACAAAAUUAUUUUGAUUAUAAGACAAAUGUUUGAUGAAGCAGGAAAAGUUUCUUUGUCUAAAAACGUUGAUGUCGAUGCUUUCUCGUCUGUUGGAUUCGGUAAUGUUAUUAUAGGUAUUCCUGGUAAGGAACAUCCUUUCUUGGAAGUCUGGGGCGCUGCCAUUACUGAUGCUUUGGAUAUGAUAAAAGUUGCGAAAUUGAACAAAGUAAUGAUAAGAAAAAGAGUUUUAGAUCAGAAUAACUUGUCUGGAAUAAUGCCAGAACUCGUCAUACCAAUGAAAUAG